UAGGUUUCAAAUGGUCCGUAAAAUAUAACUCACGGUACUUGCAUGCAGGUACAACUGUGACAAAUGGUGUUUACACCAAGACUACUUUUGCGUAUGCCCACUUACUAAACUGGGAAAGUAUCCCAUAUUCACAGAAUCGAACUUUAAAUAUAAUUAAUUAAAAUCCCUACAGAAUUAACAAACACCCAUUAAGAUCAGCAGGUAUUGAAGACGUGCGGUAAAACUCAAAUGCGAUUGAAAACAUGUAUAUGCAAUUACUAGCCAUGAAAAUGCAAUUAAAAUGCAAUGCAUGUGUGCAUUUGCAUAUUUCCCAGAAGCAAUAGCCAUUCAGAUAUUUGCACACUGCUAAAGAGCGUUGCCCAUGCUUGUGUAGAUUGCACGCGAUCGCUCAUCUUUCCCAAGCCUGGAUGUUAGUUUAAAGUCAUAUUUUUACAACCAUUAAGCCAGGCUGAAGUUUAUCAAAGACUGAAAAACACAAUAAAGCUUUUAUUUCACUCAGUUUUCAGCCCCUUCCUCAGAAAAAUGGCCCAAAAGAACCUCUUGGGAUUGCAAUCCUGACGGCUCUUUUUUUCGUCAACCCGCAGUAGCGCUCAUGCUGCAGAGACUUCUCAGCGUCUGCCAUGUGGGCAGCAGCAAAAACAAAUCUUCCAGCUGACAGAAUGAGUGCUGAGGGGUCUGUCUAGCCAACUCUGAAAAAACAAAAAAAACGCCACUCCGUAGACUGGUCAUGAGAGACCGUCUGUGGUUUAACUCUGAUACAGUACAAGCACUGGAAAAAGUAGUCAUGUUGCAGAAGGCCUCCAUAAAGUGAGCUAGAAAUGUCUAAACCAAUUAAAUUGAACCCACUUAAUUAUCGCCAAUGAGUUUCAGGCCAGUUUUGCCGACUGUCGUCUUCCUUCUCACUUAAUAAAUAAUCUUUGAAGAACUCUGGCUAGUUCUGGUUUUCAUUUGCCAUAUAUAUAUAUACACACACAUAUACAGUAUAAUAUUUAUUAUAUACAGACAGAGAGAGUUAAUGUUACACUAGUGCAACACCUGUUAUGAGUCUGGCCUUAAUUUUGCGGGUUAAAUUUUUACUGUCCACAUGCAAUAACGUGGACGGGAUACUAGGCCAUUCCUUCCAGAACUAUGUCUGGAAACUUCAACCUCACCUCAACGCAACAAAAGGGGAAAAGAAGAAUCAGAUGAGACCACGAGGCUUCACUGAGGUCACCGAACACAUGCAACCAAACGCUUCCAGAAUCAUUUCCACGGUAAAAGAGGCAGAUCUCAAUCUCUCCCCAAACGCCUGAUGCUGCUGCUGCUGCUGCGGGGGAAACCACAGAGUAAUCGUUCACGCUCGUCCCAGGAGAAAAACGUCGUCCGAAGGGGUCCCCUGCUGCUGGGUUUCGUCUCGGGCGCUCGGUGUUCACAAUUUCACUCGGCCUCCCACUGAGAGAAAAACGACCCCACAGAUUAAAGGGAAAUACCAUGACACCACCACACAUCUUGACAAUACCGUCUCUGCUUUUGCUUUCUGGAGCUCUGGUACUUUCUCAAGACUAUGUAACUGAGUAUUCAGAUUAUGACACAGAUGACUCUUCGCCUGAAGAUCCUCAGCCUGAUUAUGAUGCCCAGCUGUUGUAUUCGUACGAAUGUGCCAGCGAGUGUUUUUGCCCUUCGGCCUAUCCUAUUGCCAUGUAUUGCAACCACCGAAACCUCAAAGCAAUUCCCAACGUCCCUAGACACAUCCGCCACUUGUACAUCCAGCAUAACGACAUAGAAGAGAUAACCGCAAAGCCUUUCAUUAACGCCACGUCCCUGAGGGAAAUCAACCUCAGCUACAACAAGAUCCAAUCCUCUAAGGUGGAUAAAGAUGUCUUUCGAGUACUCAAGGAACUCAUUCAGUUACACCUUGAGCAUAAUCAUUUGGAAGACAUUCCUUCUCCUCUGCCAAAAACCCUUAAGAGGCUUCAUCUGGGCUUUAAUAAAAUUUCAAAGAUACCAGCCGACGCCACGCGCGACCUUACGAAACUUACAGUGCUGGAUUUGUGCAGCAACAGACUAACAGACGCAGGUAUUAAAGGAAAGAUCCUAUCUGGCAUGAAGAGCCUCGUGCAAAUCAACAUGUGCAACAAUAAGCUCAAGACCAUGCCAGCGGACCUUCCAGAAUCGAUCCAGCAGAUAUCACUGGAAAACAACUCAAUCGCCUCCAUACCAGAGGGCUACUUUAGGAAGACUCCGAAUCUUUUGUCGCUUCGCAUGCCUCACAAUAAACUCAAAUCCAUUGCAUACAGCGCCUUUAACCUGUCCAAACUGAUGGAGCUCCAUUUGGGCCAUAACCUGCUCUCCAAACCGUUUUUUGUUCCCAGGACCUUGGAACAUCUUUAUCUAAACCACAAUGAUUUUAAAGAUCUGAAUAUCUCUCUGUUGUGUCCAUCACUGGAUCUUGGCAACCCUAACAUGCUGACCUACAUACGCCUCGACAACAAUAAGCUGAGAGGACCAGUGGACUACUAUGCUUACAGAUGUUUCCCAAGGCUGAUAAUGAUAUUUUAUGGAAACCAAAGGGAGGAUGAUAAAGAAGACCCUGAAACCAAAAAAUAUGAAAAACCGGAACGACCAAAGGCAACAAGGCUAUCAACUUGAUAGAUUAGAUUUUUGACAUGUGCCCUAGUUCAACACACCAAACUACUCAUUAUUCAAAGAUUAAAAAAAGAAGUUACAAUAAUGAAAUAUUAUUAAAAACACGUAUAUUAGUAAACAUUCUAUUUGAUCUUGCAUGGUAAUCAUAAAAUGUGGACAAAACUGGAUUGCUAUGUACAAAACGUUCUGGUUUAAAGAUUGCUUUGUUUUGCACAAUGUCACUUUUCUCUUAAAUGCAAUAUAAAGCAUGUGUCUACACUAAUAAGCCGCAUUGCAAUGCAUGUGAAUUCCUGCAAAUGUAGUAAAUAGCAAUGCUUUUUUUCCCCUGGUGAAAUUACUGUAAAAUGCUACUGAAGCUGGAAAAGUAUAAGGAUCCAACAUAAAAUAAGCUAUAUAGCAAUGCUACUGCAUGCAAAUAUAACGACAGCCCAUUAGUUUCAUAAAAUAAACAUCCUUUUGAAAAAAAUGUGAA